UAUCUACAUAGUACAUAGUCAAUAUAAAAUUAAACAUACAUAAGCAUGAUUUUUUUUAUAUUUUUAUAUUUUUUUGUUUAUUUUUAUAUGUAUGUGUUGAUUUUUGGUUCAGGCUAGUGCCAUGGCAAGUGGGGUCUGCCCUGUAAUUGCGAGCCAUUAAUUUCUCUUUCCUUGCCGCUGAAUUUUUCUACGAGCUGGGAAAGUUGUUGGAUUAUUGCAAUCCCGUUCUCACAUGUUCAGCUAGCGCUUAUAUUAAUUCCAUCUCGAUCUCUUGGUGUGUGUCGCCGGCGCUACAUGGGGUUCUCUUCUAGAAAGCAGAUACUUGAGAUCCCACCGACCCCGGCGACCGGUCCAAGUCUGCCGUGCGCUCGCGUGAUAACCCGCGUGGACCAACUGGUCGAAAAAGAAAGCGAAGCUUUGCACGGAACCGACGAGCUGACGGCGAUGGAGUCAGGCAUGGCCCAACCAACUAUUCCCAUCUUGUUGGACAUCUUACUCUUCUCCUUUUUCCUAAAUGUGAUUAAAAAAAGGAUUGUUGGACCCUUUCAACAAGUUGGAACGAGCAGAUCAUGCUCGAAGCUGUUCGCUCAUGAUUAUAAAUAAACGAUGCAUGAGGCGAUGCAGAAGAAACCGUGAGUGCCUGUUCUGAUUGAUCCUCCAGUCCAGAGCACAGGAUCGAUUUCACCAGAGAGACAGAAAGAGGGUGGUUUGUCAGGGGUGACCUGCAGAACACAAGAAGAGACAGACAGAAAUUAAGGGAGGAGAAGAAGAGAUGGGGAGCGGGAAGGGAGGAAAGGUGUCAUGGUCGGUUGCUGCCCUGAUGGUUGCACUUGUGGCAGCAAGCCUUGCUCUGGAGACAGCAGCCGCAACACAUGUGGUGGGGGGCUCAACCGGAUGGAUCAUCCCUCCCAACUCAAGCUUUUACUCUGAUUGGGCCUCCACACAAACCUUUGCGGUUGGUGACACCCUUGUGUUCAAUUUUCAGACCGGAUCGCACACUGUCGACAAAGUAACAAAGUCAGGCUACGAUGAUUGCUCAACUUCCAACCUGAUCGGCUCCGCCAUAACCACAAGCCCGGCCUCAGUUCCUCUCACUACCGCCGGCGACCACUACUUCAUUUGUGGAAUCCCUGGCCACUGCUCCGCCAGCCAGAAGUUGUCUGUCACUGUUGCCUCCUCCCCAACAGGCGCUUCCCCUCCCACAUCAGCUGCUGGUCCCUCGCCACCAGGCACCGAUGGAAGCAGUGCAGCCACAUCACUUCUUUCUGGUUUCAGGACCGCCGCAACCUUCUCCUUGGCAACUGCACUCGUGUUUGCUGCCUCCUUUUUCCUCCUCUAGAUUGGAUACAUAUAACACCAGGCGCCUCAUGCGUGCUUCUACUUUUCCCACAGCGAGAGGCAGAGAUUGCUGCCGCUAUAUGUAGCAUAUUGUUUUUAUUGAUCAUUUCUCUUUCUAUAGUUGUCCAUUCUUCUACUGUUAGCAUACAUGCAGACUUCGGGUCACAGUGCGAGAGAUAGCCCGAUACUUGUGUUAGUUUGAUUGACGCAGGCUGAUUCCUGAUAUCCGUGUAGUUUCAUAAUAGCGAAUAAUUCUGCCCAGUUACAUGGGUGUUCAUUGGUUUCCGUACAAAUAAGCUGGGACUUUAUGA